GUUUACCUCGAGGACUCACCGGCUGUUGCCGCACUCUGAAGCCGACCAUGAGCGCUCUGCUGCGGGCUUCGUGUGUGCUCCUCCUCCUGUGGGUCUCCCGGUCCUCCGGCUGCCGGGUCCGGAUCCCGCCCCACGACCAGGUGGCCCAGGUGGCCCGGUUCGUGGCCCACCAGUGUGACUGGGCCUCCGUGGCCACCGUCUCCACCCACCGGCCGGUGGUGGGCCGGCCGUUCUCCAACGUGUUCUCGGUGAGCGACGGACCGGAGGGCUCCGGGACCGGGGUGCCCUACCUGUACCUGACCCGCAUGGACAUCUCGGUCCAGGACCUGCAGGUGGACCCCCGGGCCUCCCUGUCCAUGUCUCUGGCUCAGACGGACUACUGCAGACGGGGAGGCUUCGACCCCCAGAGUCCUCUGUGUGCCCACAUCACCCUGUCUGGGUCUGUGCUGGAGGUGACCGGGAUGGAGGCGGAGUUUGCUCAGAAGUCUCUGUUCAGUCGACACCCAGAGAUGGAGGACUGGCCCCCAGAACACCACUGGUUCUUCUGCCGGUUCAACAUCACACAGGUGUGGGUGCUGGACUACUUUGGGGGGGUGCGGACCGUCUCCCCGGAGGACUACUUCCAGGCCCCGGAGGCCCCCCGGACCACAGUGUAGACAUUAAUAUAUACAUAUAUAUACAUUAAUAUCUACAUAUAUAUACACACAUAUAUGUAGAUAUAAAUAUAGAUUUCAUUGAGUUUGACAGGUACUGACUCUUCGUCUCCCGGCCUGAAGCGUCAUGGGAGUUGGAGUUAACACUUCAUCUUGUGAUGAAUGUGUAUUUUAAAAACAGCGAGGGGCGUGGCUUAUCAGGAGGGGCGGGGCUCCAGCAGAAUUCUGCUUCCUCCUGAUAAUAGUUUUAAUAGAUAAGACUUGAAAAUAUAUAUUUUUUUGACUGAAUCUUGAUUUUCUAUAAAUAAAGUUUGUGUGGCUCCA